AUGCAUUUCAUCGUGUCGACAAAUGUCAAGAAGGCGGAUGCAGCGACGCAGCGGCUCAUCCGUAGCCAGGUGAUGAUGGGGAAAAACCGGGGCAAGUCUCUUCGUGCCAAACAACGAAGAUCGACCAGCUGGGCCGUCGUGGUCGAUUUGAAACGGGAUCCGCCAGAGCCAGUGGACACGUUCAUCGACGCAUACCACUCAGCGAAGUCUUCCAUACCAGGCAGAGUGGGCUCAGAGCUGUCCUCCAUUACGCUUGCUGCUGAGCUGGACACGGCCGCAUUUGCUGAUAUCGGAAGAUUCUUCGACAUGAUAGCCAGGGCAUUGUUCCCUCUAGUGUCGGUGACUGGAUUUAGCCACAGGGAUAUGGCCUGGUUCGUUCCGCUCAGGUUCGACCCUGCCUAUCUUCAUGUAACAGUGUUCGCCGCCGAGGCUUUCAUGGACAGGAUACUAGGUCGGCAAUAUCCCACCACUAACCGAUACGCCACCGUACAUUUUUUGAAAGGGAUCAGUAUCCUUCGCAAGAGGCUUUCUCUAGAAGAUGAGAGCGGCAAAAUUUCCAAUUCUACAAUUGCCGUGGUUCUGACCUUGGCCAUAAGUGCAUUUUUCAUGGGUGAAGUGGAAUCCUUCAAGCAUCAUAUGGUCGGCCUUAGGAAGAUGGUCGACUUGAGAGGAGGUAUUGCUGCCUUUCGAGGGAACAAGCUUCUCACAGAAAUAUUCAGGUGCGACAUAGGCAUGGCUAUGCAAAGCGGAUCAGAGCCCGUCUUCUUCAAAGACCUUGUUUCAGAGCCUCUUGUGCCUUUUCCCGACCAGGAGAUGCUGUCAAUUCGAAACAGCACCGGCAAGGCUGGCUCUUUGCGGAACUGGGCACAAUCGCUCCCCAAGCUGGAUGAGAGGCUCCAUGAAGUCUGGACAGUUAUGGAGAGAUUCUGUUCAAUUGUCAAUCUUGCGGUUGAAACACAACUAAUGCUCUCCCCGCAACUCCUCUACGAUACUAUAGCUUCGGUCAUGUAUCGGCUUCUCUAUAUGAGCUUUGACAGUGGCUCCGUGGACGAAGCGGUGCGGCUCAGCCUCCUGGGACUGACCCAUCACAUGUUCUUAAAGUGGCAGUAUCUGCGGUUGCCCUAUCUUCACUUUCCUUCUCUUUUCAAAAAGUGUCUUCUGGAUCCCGAAAUCAUGAGUGCAGCUUCCCCUCAGACCAUGAUUUGGUUUCUGAUGGUUGGAGCUGUUACUGCAUUCACGACAUCCGACCACUCAUGGUUGAGGGAGUGUUUGCGACAACAUAUCGACCGGUGUCAAGUGACGUCGUGGAACGAUAUGCGGACAGUCUUGAAAUCUUUCAUGUGGAUUGGAUUGCUACAUGAUAAGCCGGGCAAGGAGGUCUUUGAUUCUGUUUUGUCAUGA